UCCUAGUCUUAAUGCGUUAAAUCUAAAAUUAAAAAUGGAAACAAGCGUAGCAGAAUCGUUCAGAAAUGGGAUAGUUUUAAUCACGGGAAGUACUGGAUUUUUGGGGAAAAUUCUCACUGAAAAGUUACUCAGAUCUUGUCCUGUCAAAAACGUCGUGGUGCUUGUCAGAAGUAAAAAAGAACUGAAUGCUAGUCAGAGGGUUGCAAAAAUAUACAAACAAGCAUUAUUUGAUCGAAUUCGUCAUGAAAAACCAGAUUUUACAAAAUCUAUUAAAGUAAUUGAAGGAAAUUUAGAGGAAUCAUCAUUGGGAUUAUCGUUAAAUGAUCUUGAGUGGAUGAUAGAAAAUGUUAAUUUUGUUUUUCAUUGUGCAGCAACGAUUAAAUUCAAUGAAUCUCUUGAUAUGGCCUCAAAAAUAAAUGUCCAAGGCACCGAAAAUUUGUUGGCACUAGCGUCAAAAAUGAAAAAUCUUAAGGGUUUUGUGCACGUGUCGACCGCUUAUUCGCACUGUCCGAGGAAUGAAAUCAAAGAAGAAUACUAUAACGUUCCGGUCACUGCAACGGAGUUGAAAAAUAUGUUGGUUGACAACGUACCAACUUCUAGCAUUAUAGAGGAUUGGCCAAAUACGUACACUUUUACGAAAGCAGUCACGGAAAACGUAAUAUUAACAAAUAAAAAUUGCUUGCCCGUAUCAAUAUUUCGUCCUUCGAUCAUCGGAUGUACGAAAUCGGAACCGGAACCCGGGUGGUUAGAAAACAUGAACGGACCGACCGGUCUGAUUGCCGGGGUCAUGGUUGGAUUUUUAAGGACGGUGCCAAACAUCGGAAACAAUAUAACAGAUCUUAUCCCUGCCGAUUACACCGUCAACGCGUUGAUUUCCGUCAUGUGGGAUACAGUUAACAGACAUAAACAGUUGAAUGGUGUACCUCCCGAGGCACCGAAAAUAUAUAAUUACGUUUCUUGCGUCGAAAGCCCUUUGACGUGGGAUAAAUAUAUCAAAGAAAUGCACGCUCAAUAUUAUAUUGCUCCACCUUUGCAAUCGAUGUGGUACGGUUUUUAUAUUUUCUAUACGAAUUUAAUUGUCGGAAGUAUUUUGAGAUUUUUCUUACACCGAAUACCAGCCGCUUUUAUGGAUUUGAUAUUGAUUUUGACCGGUAAAUCUCCUAAAAUGUUAAGAAUAUAUUCAAAAUCAGAAAAUAUGAUCGAUUUACUCUACGAGUUUUCUAUAAGACAAUGGCUAUUUGAUAAUAGAAAUACUAGAGAAUUGUGGUCGUCGCUAAGUGAAGACGACCAAAAUACAUUCCGGUUCAGUUUAAAAGCAUUUGACUGGAGUUCGUAUAUAGAAAGCUAUUAUCACGGUAUUAGGAAACACAUACUUCAUGAAGAUUUAAGCAACGUUGAUAGGGCGUUAUCAAAAAAUAAAAAGUUAUUGAGGCUGCAUCAGUUCUGUAUUGUUCUAAUUAUGUAUCUAGUAUUCCAUUUGUGUUGGAUGUUUAUAAAAUACUUGUUCUGAACGAAUUAUCACUAUUACAUAUUUGUUUAAUAUUGUACGUACCUUAAAUUUAUAUUAUAAGAAUAUUAAUUAUUUUUUAUGAAACCUAAGUAGUAUGUCGAGUUACUAAUGUGGGUAUUGUAUUUUAUAAUUUUGAU